AUUCACAAACGAAUCUGAAGCCCUCUUUUUUUGCAACUCGUCCCAUACUGAACUACAGUCAAAUUGCAACUCCACAAACCAUUUCUGAGAACGAAAGCUUGCAGUCGCGAACUUGCUUCCUGGGGUCGAAGCAGUACUGUCGAUCAGAUCGCGACUGCGACAGAAGAGGGAGGUCGCCUUCAACCCGAUACGACAGACCAAAGCAGAGACCCGCAGACUCGCACCAACAGCCAUGGGCGCGGCCAACAGCGUGCGCAAGCUCACAAUCGACAGCAUUGCGCUGCUGGAGCAGCUCGAGCCCAACGGGGCCGAGCUGGCCGCCAAGCGCGCGGUCCGGCGUCGCGUACAGCAGUUACUCCAGAAGCAAUGGCCCACUUGUCGUGUGUUACCCUUUGGGUCGUCCGAGAGGUGCGUCGGAGGUUGAAACGAACAGGAGAGAAAUCUGCACCCACGUGAAGGAAUGAUGGUAAUUGUGUUUGUUUGCACUGGCAGUGGUCUGGGCUUUGGCGGGUGCGAUGUCGACCUCGGUAUCUACUUUGAGGACAUGGAUGUAGACGCCCAGGGUCAGUUUUCGCCUCAGGAGCGCGUGGAUUUGCUCGCCACGGCGUGCGAUCGCCUCUCUGGAGUCUUCCAAGUGCUGGAAUUCGUCCGCAAUGCGCGCGUGCCCGUGAUUAAGCUUUGGGACCCCAAGCGACAGGUGGCUUGUGACGUGUGUGUGGGAGGCAUCAAUGCGCUGCUGAACACGGCCCUGCUCAAAUAUUACGGCCAGGUGGAUCCUCGAGUGCGUCCCUUGGUGUUCGCUGUCAAGUACUGGGCCAAACAAAGGGGUAUCAACGACUCGGUCAAUGGUACACUGAGCUCCUACGGAUAUACGUUGCUGCUGAUAUUUUACUUACAGUCGCACUACGCGGAGAUGCAGUUGCCAACGGUGAUUUCACUUUUCCAAGAUCUCCAGUCGCAGAAGAAAGUCUUAGUGCUACUUGAACGUCUGCAGUCGUUCCCGACCAUGGACCUGCCGUCUACGUUUGGCACGUCCGAGAUGAACUCGGUUGGAGCGCUACUUGCAGGUUUUUUCGACUUUUACGCGCGGCGCUUCAAUAUGGAAGACGAGGUGGUGAGUAUCCGCAUGGGACGAGCGUUGUCGAAGACGACCAAGUGGAGUCAUCCAGUGUCUUGGCGACUGAGUAUUGAGGACCCGUUUGAACUGGCACAUGAUCUGGGGCGUGUGGUUUUCCACAGAAAAGGUCAGGAACUCAUUCGCUCGGAGUUUAAGCGUGCGAGUGAUUUACUAAGUAACGAUCACCGCCUCGAGGAUAUCUGUGAACUUGAUGAAACCUCGUGGAACCACAUGUCGUCGUGCUACAUUUGCCGCGGCAGGGAUCACGUAACUCGAGACUGCGGCCAACUAGUACGACAGCGAUUGACUUCAGGUGGUGGCAGCAAUGCGAUGCUGCACUUCUCGGACUGCUGGUAUUGUGGAGAGUAUGGCCACUACAAGGCGGAGUGUCCGAUGCUCUUCUUCCGUGAUAUUCCUCGCCCAGUUGAGGUGACUAAAGCGGACGAUAUCUCGGUUGCAGAAGCGACCUCUGAGUCAGGCUCCGGUCCGCUCGUGGGAUUUGCUCCGGCUUCACCGCCCAUCGCGACUCCAGCUUCUCCUGCUCCGAAGACGAUGUCGCCACGUGUCUGCAAGGAGCGUCCUUGGGAGCGAGGACUCAGUCCAAGCAGCUCGCCGAUGCUUCGCUUGUCCAGAAAGAAGAAGCGUGCGCGUCAUGGCUCCUUAUCAUCGAUGUCUUCCUCUUCCCCGUUGCCAUCGUUGAACUCACCGUCUGGAGGCCAGUCGCAGUCGUGGAAGCGUCAACAGCAGCAUCGCUAUCAACUGCAACGACAAGAGCUGCGUCGCCGCAAUUUCACGCUUCUAGAGCCGACAAGGAAAUGCGGUGGCAAUGCUCGUAGCGGCAGACCGUACGUCGGAAAGGUACUGUGCCCGUCCUAGCGAGACGUUCGCCACCAUUUUUUCAUUCCUAGUUUUGUUUAUUAGUUUGCAGUCUGGAUAUAUUUUAGCUAUUGACAAGGGCACAAGUCUGCCCAAGCAAGAUGAUCUUAACAUCUUGUCCAAAUGUAAAUUGAAAGAAUUAUCAAGCAAGUCACCGAUGCACAUGUAAUUUGUGGAUCUUGACAGGAAGCGC